AUGGUUUCCAAACUCGUUCGUCAGGCUCACAAUGCCUGGAGUGUGAAAUAUUUUGCGAUUGCCACUGGAUCCAUCAUGUGUCUUUUUAUUAUAUACCACUGGGUGAAUCUGCUCCAUUUGAAAUAUGGCUCUAGAAGCCAUGGCAAGUGGACAGCAGCAUUCACACGGAGUCAUAGGGCAACGAAACGGUACUUGACAGGCACCAUUUUUAGUCUGUGUGUUGGUCGUUGGGGUCUAUAUAUCAUUUACUGGGCUGUAAACUUGAUCUUGACACUAACAAAUAUGGAAUAUGAACUAAAAUAUGCUGCCAAACGUCUUGGAUGGAUCUCUGUUGCGAAUUUCGUUCUCUUAGUCUUCCUCGCUCUUCGAAACACUCCAUUAGCCCCGUUGUCUGGAAAUUCCUAUGAAAAGCUUCGACCACUACACAAAACGGCCGGCUACACAUGCAUUGUUACCAGUGUAAUCCAUGGCAUUACCUAUGUGGCAUCAUGGGCACAAACCGGAAACCUAUACAAGUUCAAUGAGCUUGAAUACUUCGCUGGAGCAAUAGCUGGACUAGCUAUGAUAGUCAUUGGACUCUCAACCAUCACUUGGGUUGUUCGCCGAUCAUAUGAAGCGUUUUACUUCAUUCACCUGGCCUUGUUCCUCUUGAUUAUCAUCAUGAUCGGACUUCAUCGUCCUAAGAUCUCAAAGCAAUCUGUCGUCAUCAUAAUAUUCACCGCAUGCAUGUGGGGUCUGGAUCGAUUAGUUCGGCUUGCAAAGAUCUGCUGGAACCUAUAUGGAAACCAUGCUGUUAUCACCACAGUGCCAGAUGGAGCAGUUAGAGUCAAGCUCAACCGCAAUCUGAAUUGCAAGCCUGGGUCUCAUGCGUUCUUGUGGAUCCCAUCCCUCCGACUCUUUGAGAGUCACCCAUUUACGUUGAUUUCUAACGAGCCGGUUGAAUUCUUGAUUCGUCCUUACGACGGGUUCACAUCAGAUCUGUUCAAAGUAGCCCAGAAACAACCUGGCCAAAGGUUGCGGUGCUCUUUGGAUGGUGCGUAUGGGCAGGUUCCAAGCUUCAUGGAUUUCGACAGCGUUGUUCUCGUAGCCGGUGGAAGUGGCGCUAGCUUCACCUUUGCUAUUGCUCUUGAUCUAGUCAAGCAAUUGAAAAAGACCGGGAGCAACAAACGGAUUGACUUCAUGUGGGCAGUGAAAAGUGAAGAAUCACUAGAGUGGUUCGGAAAAGAGCUUCAAGAGCUUCGUGAAAGUAAAAAGAUCAACUUGCACAUCUAUGUGACUCAAGGGGAUCUCGAAAAAUCCAUCGAAGUUGAAAGUCUGCAUGCAGCAGGGGAUUCGUCAUCCGCGUCAAGUGUCCAGGACCCCGAAAAAGGGUUUAACGCAAACGAGCCUUCGGCAUCACUUCCCCCUAUGCUGACCCGCAAAGGACGUCCAGAUAUUGAAGCACAUCUUGCGAGCUUCAUUGAUGCUUGUGCGCCGGAAUCGCGUGUCGGCGUGGGUGCGUGUGGACCUGCAAAUAUGCUGGGCAUAACGAGAAAAGCACUGUCUCACAGCAACUAUGACAAUGGGCCAUCAAUUACCUUCCAUACAGAAGAGUUUGAGUGGUGA